CCCCCUUCGGUUUACUUUUUCGGAUUCCGAGAUAAUGGCAGUUACAGAAAAUGAAUCUCAAAAGUACAUGAAUACUAAGACGGUGACUAAAUUAUAAAGAGCAUCGGAUCGCAAAUACUGGGAUGGCUGGGCGUCCAAAUCAAUGUUCAUGACGCCCGAAGGAAACUUUACGACCAAAAACAUAUUUGUCAAACAAGGCAGCUCAACCUGUGUUAUUGUCAUGCUUGGACCGAUUCCUGCCAAUUCCGCCAUUCGACCCGAAGAACAUCUUGCACCAGCAGAUAGUCUUGUCAUGACUGCCGUAGGACAGUGGACGCACUUAUCCAUCACGUUACAACAAACAUUCACGCCAAACGAGCAUUUUUAUUCUGCACCUGUCCAAUUUACGCAUCAAGACAAUUACCAACUGGAUACUCGGAUCGAGUACCGAUCGUAUUUCUGGGAAACGCCCACCAAACAUUACGAUCGCCCGUAUCGAUUCUUGUCAUCCAACAAGUUGAUUGUCAAGGCAUCGUUACAGACAGUGCCACCGGAACUGCCGCCGUGCACGGCAGCGGAAAUGGCUGGUGGUCACAGGCAAGGAGGAGUAGGAGAUGGGGGAGGCGCGUGGAUGGCCAAGGCGGAAUAUCAACGAACGUACCCGUUGGACUUUUAUGGCAUGUUUGGCGUUGCACAGGAAGAUCAUGCAGUGCUGGGAUUUCAUGAUGUUGCACCCGAUAGUGUCUCCUACUAAAAUGUUCAGACGCGCGAGCAUUUUCUGCGUCAUCUAACAACGGCAACAAUAAUACAAGUUGGGUUUAAAGAAGAAAGUAUUGUGUACAUGUGUCGUUUAUAUAUACUCUUCGUUGGUGACAUCUCUUUGUAUCAAGUGUAUCGGCAAGAGAGAUUUACAUACAUCAUUU